AUGGAAAGCAUGACUACUUCGCGGCAAAAAAGGCAGACCGUGAUUAUCUUACUUGUAUUGGGAAGUUUCUUCUGCUUGAUAUGUGCGGAACCUCGGGGUGUGGAACCCCCAAUACGGGUAGACCUCCAACCACCUGAGGAAACUCAAACUCGUUCUGCAAGAAAUGUUCAGCAGAACUGGGUCACUAUGCCAGUCGAUCAUUUUGAUCCUCAAAAUACGGAAACUUUUCAAAUGCGUUUUAUGUACAACGAGGAAUUCUUUGGUGGAAACGGAUAUCCAAUUUUCAUCCUUGUGGGAGGUGAAUGGACUAUUGUUGAAGGAUGGUUGCGCGCGGGUAACAUGUUCGAAAUGGCCAGGGAAAACCGUGGAUAUCAGAUAUACACUGAACAUCGAUAUUACGGGCAAACGUUGCCUUAUCGAGAUUUUACAACAGAAAACCUGCAGUACUUGAACGUGGAUCAAGCUCUUGCCGAUCUUGCUUACUUUAUAAAUGAAAUGAAAAAACAACCUCGAUUCGCAGACAGUAAGGUUAUUUUAUACGGUGGCUCUUACGCUGCCAAUAUGGUUUUAUGGUUUAAGCAACGCUAUCCCCAUUUGGUCGAAGGAACGGUGGCCUCAAGUGGCCCGAUAUUGGCAAAAGUGGACUUUACCGGAUAUUUAGAAGUAGUUCACGAAGCUUUCCUUCUUGAAGGGGGUGAACAGUGUAUAGCAACUAUUAAACAAGGAAUAGAAGAUACAAUUUUAGCAAUGCAAACUGAAGAGGGUAAACGAGAAUUGGAGGCGGCUUAUAGAUUAUGUAAUCCUAUAGAUUACAACGACCGUUUUGAUCUUGGAUACUUCUCAGGAUUGAUAAGUUGGUCGUUCUCAACGUCGGUGCAGCAAGCCCGUCCAGGAACUUUGCUAACUAUUUGUAAUGACUUCGCCAGUGAAACCUACGGAGUGACACCGAUGCAAAAAAUAGGCGGUUAUAUUGCUACUACACGUUCUCUCGGUAAUAGCUGCUGGCAUAUGGAAUAUCAAGGAAUUCUAAAUGCUUACUCAGGAAAUACCAAUUCACGUGCGUGGUACUACCAGACGUGUACAGAAUAUGGAUAUUAUCAAACAGCUCCGACUUCUGGCACUGUAUUUGAUCCUCUCGUUUGGCUCAGUGUAGAAUUUUAUGUGGACAUUUGCAAACGUGUCUUCGAUGAACGGUUCGAUGAGGCAUUCGUUUAUGAUGCGGUAGAUCGUGUAAAUUUAAUAUUCGGUGGCCUGGAACCCAAAGUAAACAAUACUAUCAACAUUCAUGGCUAUAUUGACCCGUGGCGUGCUCUUGGUGUCUAUGAUAGAGAUUUAACAGAAACCUCGCCAACAUACACGGUCACAAGAGCAUCUCAUUGUUUCGACAUGCAAGGUUGGCUCCGGACGGAUACUAUAAGAAUGACAAACGCACAGCAGGCAGCAAGACGAUUGGUGGCUCGAUGGCUUUCAAAUACAUAAUUGUAAAAAUUAUACGUAUAU